GCGUGUGCGCACUCCCAACGCACCCCGCAGCGAUGGCGGUCAAGCUCCUGCUCCCGUUAGCGUUCCUAAUAGCCCAAGUGUCGUGCGGUCAGAACAGUCUGACCUUCGUAAUAGACAAUUCCCCGUCUAUGGAUAAUGAAAUCUCACAAGUAAAAAAUGCCGCUAAGUCUAUUGUUGAUAUUGUUUUGCGAGAAAAAGCGAGUCAGAUCGAAGAUAUUGUGCUGGUGACAUUCAGAAAUCAUGGUGACCAAAGAUAUCCAUCCGCUAUACUUAGGAAGAAAACUCGCGAUGAGAGAGAACUCAAGCAGGCACUCGAAUCAAUUACUUUGCACUCUGCGUACUGCUUAGAGGUCGCUCUGUCGGGUAUCAAGAAAGGUUUAGAGGAGAGUCGCCAAGGUUCUUACUUGUAUGUCUUUACGGACACCACAUCAGAGGACUACAAUAGAUUUGAGGAGAUCAAGACGUUGUGUCAAGAGAAACAAAUUCAGGUCGUUAUAAUCAUCACUGAUAUCACCUGUGGUCAAGAGUCGGAUGAAGGGUACAAGGUAUACCACAAAAUAGCAAAGGCGUGUAGCGGACAAGUCUUUAGAGUCGACAAAGACGAAGUCAACCAGGUAAUCGAAGACGUCAAGGAAACUAUUAAGGGCGACAGGACUGUGGUGACAGUCGACACUAUCCCUGCAAAUACAUGGAAAUAUGUACCUUUUAACAUCGACGAGCAAACGGAGUAUGCUGUGGUAUCAGCUUCUGGGUCAGAUGUGUUGCUACAGGUUUAUGAUCCAUACUCGCGCUUGAAAACCGGCACGCAAAUUACGUGGACGAAGAAUGUGAAGGUCACAAAACUUGAAAAUUUAGCUCCCGGCACCUACAAAGCGAGGGUGAAAGGCAACUCCGAAGUCAGUAUAAUGGUGUUCGGACGCACGGACUUCAAUUUCCAACAUGGCUUCUCCACUGCAGUGCAAACUAACAUUGGGGCUACUGACACACAGCCCACUACAGCUGUCGCAACUCUCCUAAUGGUGUCCGUGCAAGACAAGAAGCAUGCCGCUCUCAUCCGCGAGGUGGAGCUGCUGGACAUGAGCGAUCAGGUCAUCAGGAGGCUGCCGCUGACGAACGUACAAGGAGACAUUUACAAGACCGACAUGUUCCUGUCACCUGAACAUACGUUUAAGAUCGCUGUAGUUGGAACAUCGAAAAAUACUGGGAGCACGGUGAAACGCAUUGCUAAAACACCAGUCACGCCAAUACAAUCAGUGGCUCCAGAACUCUCCAAAACACCGACAGUUCUGCACGUUAAAGAAGGCGCAUCAGUCGACAUACCCUGCAGAAUUAUCGCAGGCAAACCUAGGCCCGAAAUAUCGUGGUACGUGAAAAAGCAAGGCACGUGGACGUUCAUUCCGCUCCCAAACACAGACGAAGUUUACCACGUGGCCGCAGCUUUGUCCAACGAUCAGUACAAGUGCGUUGCGAGGAAUGUAAAAGCUACAGACGAAUAUAUUGUAACUCUUGACUUGCAAAGCCCACCGCGGAUAGUAUUCGUCCCGCCAAACACCGCCACGUACUCUGGCGUGGAAGGUGACGUAGCCAUGAGACUCUCGUGCGUCGCUCUAGGAUUCCCCACCCCCACCAUCCAAUGGGAGGUUGACAACAAAGUUGUUGGCAGAGACAAAUCAAAGGACCUGUACGUAGAAAACAACGUAUUAAUUCUGCGAAACCCUAAAGAAAUUCAUUCAAGCAUUAACUCUCACUACGUCUGCCGUGCCAAGAAUAACUACGGUGAAGCUGUUCAACCCUAUGAAGUAACUAUUUCAAAAUAUAUCGAAUCUGGUAACGCUAAUGGUAGCCACUAUGGUUCUCUAGACCAUCCAUACGAUUUUGUCUGCCCACUGCCCUAUACGGACCCCAAUUCAGUGAGAUGGUUUAAGAAAUCCACGCACUAUAUGAAUGGCCCGUCGUUGCACUUCGAUCAUCCGACGGACAUCGACAGUGGUAACUACACUUGCCGUGUGAGCGAUAUGAACGGAGCUGUCUCUCAUACUGUCGAAAUAGUUUUUGGCAUUCCACCGAAAAGAGAUCGAUCAUCAUUCAGUAUUAAGUGGAGUGGAGAAGAAUGGAAAAAAAUAGCUUGUUAUUCCAAUGAAAGUCCUUUGGGCGAGUACGAAUGGCUUUACAACGGGAAAAAAAUAAAUGGUGCCCAUGAGCAAUCUCUACUACCAAUUGGUUGGGGACAAUAUACUUGUCAAAUCACUCACCCUCUCGGAAACCUGGUCCUCAACUUCCAAGUUACAACUAAAAACAAAGAAUGUGGGAUUCCAACAUUAUUUUUGAAGGCGGAGCAUGCACCUCUUGUAUUGGACUCUUCCCUAACAUGGCCUUCCGUACCAAACAGCGGAAAGUAUUUAAUGAUACCACACUCUGAAAAACUUCAGUUGAUUUGUCAAGAUGAAAAAUCAUCGUCAAACAGCUUCACUAAGUUCCCUUCAUCAAAAUCAAUUUACGCCACAUGCGACAAAGAAGACUCUUUCCUAGUUGACGGCAGUCCUCAGAAAAUAUCGGAAUUGAACUGCAAAAACAGCAUUACAUCAAGUGUUCUUAAGACAGGAAGACCAUGCUUGGGUGAAAACACAGAGCUUAAGCAAGUUGGAUUCCACAUUAAUGACUUCACUGAUGUUUAUCAAUCUUGCGUGGAUACCGUCAAAAACGUUCCGUUGUAUACGAAAAUGAAUACAAUUGGUAUAAAGAAGGAGUCUAAUGGAAAAGUUAAGACGGUGAAAAGUACUUGUGCGGACAAAUGUUGCUAUGAAAAGAUACAGUUAGUGAACGCCGCUGAUGUCAGCUUUGGUCCAGCUGAGAAGGCAACAUUCAUCGAUUCUCUCAACUCUGUGAAUUAUUGCAAGCCGAAAAACAACACAAACUGGCACGAUAUAGAAGAGAUAAGUAGAGAAAGAGCGGACAGUGAACAAUUUACGGUUUGGUCUGGAGCUGGAAACUACGCCAAAGUCGGCGGGAUUUGGACACCCAAGUAUUUAUGGAAGGUCAUAAAACAGUCGGACACUUCGGAGAAGAUGGUGGUGAUCCACGAGAACACAGAGCCAGCUGGACCCAAGUUGUGUAGCGGAGCAUGCGGCGAGCAGGUCGUCUGGUUCGAGCCGGUGGGCGACCGCACUUACUGCUGCAGUGUGAAUGACUUUAAGAAAGCAUUAGGUGUUGCCAUAGACUUUAACUAGAGUUGAGACAUUAACGUUAUUUUUAUAUUAAUUUUCUACAUUCAAUUGAAAUAGGGGUCUUGUCGGUAGCGGAGUAGGAGAACGCACAUGCCCUUAGCAUUAAUAUUAAAAAUAAUUUUAUAUUUAUUCAAAAAAGAAUAUGUUGUUAUAAUAUU